AGUGCACUCCUGACAGUGGCGGGGUAAGGAACACAGUCGAACUUUUAAGGAGAGAAAAGAACGGAAGAGAAAGAGACAGAGGGAGGGAGAAAGACAAGUCAGUGAGAGAAGAAAGCGCAACGAGAUAGAGGAAAGCCCUCCAGCAUCACCACCCCUCCCUUCACUCCACCCCACUGACACGACACACACACACACACAGAGAGAGAGAGAGAGAGAGAGAGAGAGAGAGAGAGAGAGAGAGAGAAAGAGAGACAGACAGACAGACAAACAUGGGGAACGCCAAGCUGGUCGAGGCUGUUCAAAGCAAACUGAAGCUUCGGAACACAAUGGCCAGAGAAUUUUUGGCCGAAUUUCUUGGAACCUUCGUCUUAAUAGCGUUCGGGACAGCCAGUGUGGCCCAAAGCGUGCUGACCAAUAAAGCCAAUGGGGACUUCUUCUCAAUCAACUGGGGAUGGGGCAUGGGCGUCACACUGGGGGUCCUGGUGAGCGGCGGGGUGAGCGGGGGACACAUCAACCCUGCAGUUACCGUAGCAAUGGCGAUCUGGGGGAAGCACCCGUGGCAGAAGGUUCCAGUGUAUAUUGUUGCGCAGUAUCUCGGAGCUUUCAUCGCCUCAGCAUUGGUCUACGGCGUGUAUCUGAACGCCCUUGACGGAUUUGAGGCGGAGCGCACCCUGGCCACGGCGGGCAUCUGGGCCACCUACCCCGGCGCCAUCACGGCAAGGAACGGCACUGUUAUUACCGACUACCUCUCCAGCGGGAACGGAAUGGGCGACCAGGUGGUAGGCACGAUGCUGCUGCUGCUGUGCGUGUGUGCCAUCACUGACACACGCAACAUGGAGGUGCCCAAGGGUCUGGUUCCUCUGCUUGUGGGUCUGACUGUCCUCAACAUCGGCGUGUGCUUCGGCUUCAACUGCGGCUACGCUAUCAACCCAGCACGUGACUUGGCGCCCAGGAUCUUCACCCUCAUUGCUGGGUGGGGCAGCGACACCUUCAGCGCUGCCACCGUGGAGGGCCUGGCGUGGUGGUGGGUGCCGGUGGUGGGGCCUCACAUCGGCGCUAUCCUGGGCGUCACUUUGUAUGAGGUGUUCGUGGCCCUUCACCACCCGGAGACGCAGGACUUCACCCUUCCGCAAGUCACCCCUCACCAGGAGCCCGGGAGUACGAGUUAUCAACUCGUACCUGUCAAAGCCUCUGAUUAGGACAGGUAGCGGACCACUCCCAGCCCACGAGCCAGCAGUCACUCACAAAUUCUAAGACAGAUGUUUCCUAUCGGCGUCCGGACAGCGGCUGAGACUGCUGCUACUACUGCUACUACUACUACUACUACUACUACUACUACUACUACUACUUAGAGAUUUAGAAGAGGAGUAUUCAAGUUUCUGAAAAUAAGCGGCCACCAGGAAAGUAAGCAACAGAAUGAAGGAAGCAAGUUUGACAUGAAGAUGAUAACGAAGAGAAAAUUGGUAAGAGAACGCACACAAGUCAAAGAAGAUGGGAAGCUAAGGAAAACGACUGCCAUUAUUUAAAACCAUGAGAAGAAGAAGAAGAAGAAGAAAGGUCACAAGAUGGAGAAAAUAUACAUCAGCUGAGGAAACGAAGAAUAAUAGGAAUGAAAGUGAUGAUGAGUAUAAAGGAAGAGGGAAAUCUUUGGGAUAGAAAAAAAAAAAAGAGAAUGGAACAAGGAAAGGAAAAUCAGCAUUAAGAAAAAAAAAGCUCCAUGAAAAAAAGGAAUAGAAAUAAAGGAAAAUCGACAUCAAAAUUAAAAAAGAAAAUGUUUAAAAAUGAUGAACAAAAAUAUUCAACGGAAAAAAAAAAGGCAAAAAAUAAUCAGCAGUCACAAUUAUUUACUUAAACAACAAAUAGUACUAAAUAAACUGGAAAGAAGGAAAAAUGAACAAAUAAAUAUCACAAGACAAGUAUAGAGAUGAAAACUUUCUAUGCUAAUAUUACAGUAAAUCGUGUUAUUAUUAUUAUUAUUAUUAUUAUUAUUAUUAUUAUUAUUAUUAUUAUUAUCAUUAUUAUUAUCAUUAUUAUUACUAUUACUAUUAUUAUUAUUACUAUUACUAUUAUUAUUAUUAUCAUCAUUACUAUUACUAUUAUCAUUGUCUUCAGCAUCAUUAUUACUGUUGUUACUUCUACUACUUCUACUACUAUUACUACCUCUACUACUAUUACUACUACUACCACUACCACUGCUGCUGCUACUACUACUACUACUACUACUACUACUACUACUACUACUACUACUACUACUACUACUACUACUACUACUACUACUUACUACUAAUGAAUGUUGAAAUGCCCUCAUAUUCCUUUAAAACAAUGACAUUUUCAGAUAUUUUCAUACGCAUUUUCUUCUCAUGCUUACAGCGAUAUCCAUGACCUCUUGUUUCAUUUCACACACACACACACACAGAGAGAGAGAGAGAGAGAGAGAGAGAGAGAGAGAG